AUGCUUCGCUUGCUUGUCCUUGCAACGUUGUACAUUCUCGUUGAUGGGGCUGCUGUCGAUUUAAACGUUUGCUUUAUGCUUGUUCCUACGGCCCAAAAUCCUGUAAAAAGGCCUACAGUAUCUGUCGAAAAUUGCCAAGAUCGUGACCCUGCAGCUUGCUUCGAGAUAUUUAAGCCAGACGAUAAUGCUGCUCUUGGGCAGGUAUUAGCUGAUAAUCGUAUGCCAAACAUGGGCUACAAAGUUCGUGACACUUGUCAGCAGGAUGCAUAUAAAAUGUUGGCUCGACAAAUGUGCCCACAAACGUGUGCGACCUGUUGCUUGACUAAAGAAUAUAACUGCGAAAAUGCAACAACUUUGUCUCCUCCAGCAGCAACUUGUCGAGACGAAAGAUUAAACUGUGCAGCAAUUAAAGCUGCACAUAGCUGUGGUGGUGUGUUUCGAACAACAAUGAUGCAACAGUGUGCAAGAACGUGCGGUUAUUGCACGUAA